GACAUUCGCAUCGCGGCAUUAUUGCUCCAUCAGCCUAACUGCGACUCGCCAAGGCAGGCUUGCAUCCAUUUCCGAUAGAGAAGCAUCGAAACGACUUGCUUUCACCAGUUGCCGACAUACCACAUGUCUUGAGACUGGACGGGCCAAACGCUGUUUCCGAUCUUAGGAUCGCAGCGCAAAAGCACACACAUAUACAUACACACACGCUAUCAUGGCUUCGAGCUCAUCUGAUGAAGGGGAGAUCGCCGAUGACGGUGCUACCCACUUGAAGGCAACUUCAAUGCCUCACGUUUCUAGAAGCGGUAUUGACCGUAAAGACAGACUCCCGAGUAGAUACGGUUCCUCCGACGAUGAUUCCACCUCGAAGCAUAACUCGCAUCGCUCAUCUAGGGGUUACAAGCGUGGGCACGACGACUACGACUCUCGCGACAGACAUCGCCACCACGACUCCCGAUACUCCCGUGACGAUCACGAUCGCGACGGCUACAAGCGAUCAAGAGUUUCUUAUGAUGAUCUGGACGAGCCAUCAUCUUCUUCCAACCGAGAUCGAAGCAGAGAUCGUUAUCAUGACCGAUAUGGCUCUGCCUAUCGUAACAGGCGGCCUCGAAGUCGAAGUCGCUCCCCACGUCGACGAUACGAUUCCGGACCAAACGAAGAUCGGGCACCGAGAGACAGUCACCGCGAUAGGAGAAAUGAUAGACUGGCAUAUGACGACGAUUCCCGCAGUAGACGUUCGCUCGGUCAGCGACAAGGCGACCAUACCAUUCAGCUCUCCCGACCAGUUCGAGACAACGAGCCUGCCACACAGGUUCCCAAGCCCGGUAUCUUGAAAAAGGUUGAACCGGAACCGGAACCGGAACAAGACCAGAAUUUUGAUGACCAAGAAGCCUUUGACGAGGAUGCUGAAAUUGAACGACGGCGCAAGAGACGCGAGGCGCUCCUCGCGAAAUCGAGCUCUGCAACGCCUCUCCUACUGCAUGCUGUGGGUGCCGCUGCUGAUAAGGCAGGAGCGGAAUCGCCAGCAAGUUCGACGUUACCAGGAACUCCUCAAAUGGAACAAUACGCCGGCGGCACACCUGGUACACCGCAGUCGCCCAAUUCCCCGGCACGCCUGGAUCUUGCUAGCGAUUUCAACAUCAUGAACGUCCACGGUAGUGCUAAUUUUGAAGAAGACGGACCCUCAGCAGCUGACUACGAUCCAACCCUUGAUAUGCAAGAAGACGAGCGACGAGAUGGGCUGCGCCAUGCACAACCAGAAGCCAAGCCGUCCCAGCCAGCACCAGCUAAAGCCGACGAAGACGACGAGAACUUUGACAUGUUUGCGGAUGACUUUGACGAAGAUAAGUACGCUACCAAUGCCGCGGCUACAGCAGAUGCAAUUGAUGGUGGGCCCGAGGGAGGCAUCCUUGAAGGCGAUGAUAGGGAAGGUUACUACAAGAUGCGUAUUGGUGAAGUCCUCAACAACCGAUAUCAGAUACAGACAACUCUCGGCAAGGGUAUGUUCUCCGGUGUCGUCGGAGCCAUCGACAUUACUACCAGGACGCCUGUUGCUAUCAAGAUUAUUCGAAACAACGAUGCUCUGCGCAAAGCUGGUCACACGGAGAUUGCCAUUCUUCAGAAACUCAACGACGCAGACCCAGAAAACAGAAAGCACAUUGUCAAGUUUGAGCGAUCAUUUGAAUUCCGUGGCCAUCUUUGCAUGGCAUUUGAAAAUUUGAGCAUGAAUCUUCGCGAAGUUCUUCGAAAGUUUGGAAACAACGUCGGUAUCAACCUGUCUGCGACUCGAACAUAUGCGUACCAGAUCUUUGUAGCUUUGGCACAUAUGCAAAAGUGUAGCAUUAUCCACGCCGACUUGAAGCCCGAUAAUAUUCUGGUUAAUGAAACGAGAAACGUACUCAAGAUUUGCGAUCUCGGCACUGCUAUUGAUCGGUCAGACGCCGCCACAGCACACAACAACAUCACACCUUAUCUUGUUAGUCGUUACUACCGCGCCCCGGAGAUUAUCUUGGGUAUGCCAUACGAGUAUGGAGUCGACAUGUGGUCCAUUGGAUGCACGCUGUAUGAGAUGUACACGGGCAAGAUCCUCUUUACAGGUGACAGCAACAACCAGAUGUUAAAGGCCAUUAUGGAAAUCCGCGGGCGUUUUACACCCAAGCUAUACAAACGCGGGCAGCUUGCCAUCAAUCAUUUCGACGACCUCGGACAGUUUGUCAGCGUCGAGCAGGACCGGGUCCUCGGAAAGGUACGUUCUCAAUUGUCUUUUCACACGCAUUGCUUAUUUCCUCGUUUCCACGUUUUCUUCGGAAAGCCACUGUCCCAUCACCAGCGACCGUUUAUUAGCUUUUCCUGUUUUUGGUCACAACUUUACAAGCGCCCUGCUAUCUCAAUCAAUACAUUGAACGGGCUUCUAUUUGAGGCGUCGUGCAAGCUGAGUGGCUCACAGCCUAAGCGCUAUAGUGGGUUAGCCGCCCAACUAGCGAACCCCUGUCAUGCAAGCCACCCAAUACUUCAGGUGUCUGUCGAGCAUGUGCAAACUAUUGAGGGGAUUGGGGCUUGGAAUAGAAAGGCCCAAAAAAGCAAGGCGGGUGGUCCAAUAAUUGGCCAUCGGGAAAGUUCCCAGCUGGAUCGGCGCAAGCCUCACGAGCAAAUACACAUAACCGCCGGCCAUGUGGCCGCAGCGAUUGAGGCUGUCCGUGCCAUGUUUUAGUUGAUUCUACCCCUUGUUCAGGAGCAUGCAGGCGAAUUUAGAAACACUUGAUAUUGGCUCUGCUGCAUAUAGCGGGCGCCUAUGCAAAUUAUGCAUAGCCAGCGGCUAUUGUCUUGCUAGUGCUUGAUGGACGCCUGGUGCCUUGCAGGCGUUCCUGGCAUGGCCGACCUCCGUAAGGACGCUGCCGGUGGUCAAGCCGACUCGAGACCUACGCACACGCCUGUUAGCCGCGUCUAGCGGCAUGACAGAGGCCGAAACAAAGGACCUCCACAACUUCAUCGACUUGCUUGAGCACUGCCUUGCAUUGAAUCCCGACAAACGAAUCCAGCCGCUGGAUGCGUUGAAGCACCCCUUUUUCACCGCAGCAGUCAAGGGUUCUGCUCGGCGUUGAUCCUGGGAUGUGGUGCAGGCGUUCGUGUGAUGGGUAGCAAGCAUUGUACAUGCAACUCCAAAGUAGCAAAAGAAGUAAUUGAAUAUCACAGUUGUUGCGAACAAUGGCACAAGACGUUAUGGAUUGGCACAGAGUCGUUCGGUUAUUGUUCCGAAGGCUUUUCCAACCUCCUUAAUUUCGUAGCGACGUCGCAUCGGCGGUUACGGCGUAUCUUUUUCGAAGUGCUGUUGACGAACCCAGGCUCAUUAAACAGCGCACAGGAUUCCCAACUCACACGGUACCAUUCGCCACGCACGACACCGAACGUGUGCAGCUUUCGCCGUAACCCAAAAACGCAUCGUGGUAGCAGCACAGGCGUGCAACCUCUCGUGGCAAGGACGGAGCGACGUUGAACGCAUGAACGACGAUGCGGAGUAUGUAGGGUGUCCAUCGGCGCAACAAACGAAUUUGCUUGGUGCCAAAUGGCGCGCUAUACAGCGAGCUUGCCGGGCGUUACGGUGCGGCAAGCACGCGUAGCAUGAUGUAUGACGAACUAUACGGCCGACAUGAUGCCUUGAUUACGGCCGAAUCAGCCCUCUCGCAUAGACGCAAUGUUGAUAGAAGGUUGCUUGUGCAAAAUUGAACGCUUCCUGUUUCUAAUUUCGAAUCACAGUCUACGUGUCCAUUUCAAAUGGAAAUCCUGGCCUUUUUAAAAACAAGGGGUUUCUAGUUUGAGGGAAUUCUUUGUGAGCAAGGCCAUCGUGACCACGGGAAGCCCAUCUGUGUUUAUGUGCAUGAAGAUCUCCGGCGGUGACCCCCAAGGUUCGGUUUGCGCGACAUGCGCGGCUGAAGCGAAAAAAAAAAAGAGAGCUUAAGGGAAUGGUGGUACGGUGCCAUUGGGCAAUUAAUCUAGAAGACACUAGAAUAAGCUCUGUUGGGGGCAGAUAUCACAGUAGCAUUAGGAACCAGCGUGUGGUAGUCACCACUGAGGUUGUAGCGCCAUUACACCACGUCAAAAAAGAUUGUGCAACGCUGCAGCAGGCCCGGUUCACGCUCAACAUGAACUUGUGCUCUCUUUACUCGUGUAAGGCGUCUUAUCGCGCCAAUGCAGGCGUCGUUGCACCAUAUGUCAAUCGCCGGAGAUGCGCGUGAGAAGAUCGUGUAAGUCGGCGAUGAGGACAAGGUAACUAAGUAUAUGGGACGAGAUUAGUGGUCGAUGAAUGAAUGCGAUCGCUCAAACCCCGGCUACAAUGUGACUAGUAACGAUCAUAGUGCGAUCUAUUUUUUUUCAAUCGUUUAAUUUUCCAGAUGACUGGCUAUGAGCAGCUUGAAUGACGAUUUGCGCGUGAAUUUUGCCACAAGAGUCAUGCCGAUGACGUCGUGAUAUGCUGACAGUGGGCUCCGAGGUCACCGUAGCAGAGAGAAAGCCAGCGCAGCCUAAUUUCUACUGGGCUGACGGGUUGUGCGCGCUGUAACAUAGAAUUUUCACGUUCUACGACCGUCACAUAGCGUUCGGCCCGGGGUGCAGUGUUGCCUUUCUCCGCGUCAUGCGCAUGCCACAAGAUGUGCGUUUGUUGAGCCAUUAACAACGCUGUUGAUUGACAUCAUCCCGUCCCUUUGUUCGAGGCUGUAAUAGUCUCGCUAAAAAAGCAAUCAUGACUCGCAACAAUCACCAUGCUAUUGUUGUUUUGUACAAGUGCUGUGCAUUAUGUAAUUUGACGUAUCAGGGGACGGUGGCGUGCUUCCCAAAGCGGUAACUAGCUUUGCUUCUCAACCCCGAUCGUCCAGGGCAAAUGGCCGGUGAUGGUAUCCGUCCUCAGUCUGGAACGGAAGGGCUGAGGCCGUGUGUGCGCGUAGAUAGAAUAAUAGCUACCUCGUGGGUUGAUAGGUGAUAUCACGCCUCAAAAGGGCAGAAAAAGCAACAAGCUCUUGUCUUGCUUUACUGAAGCGACUGCUUAGCGCCUGGCACCGUCGUACGGCCAGUAGUGUUCAUGUUUGCUUUUCCUAUGUUUCGCAUCGCCUAGUGCGCUUCUCCCUGCUAGCGUUGGCUUUAUUUUGAACUUGGAUUGCUCAGCAAGCAUCUUAACCAUAUUUCAAACAUCAUGUGGUUUUUGAUAUGGAUCACGGCGAUUCCAACGCGCUGGGCCAUAGCGUCAUGUUAUGCUCGGGCUUAGGCCGGCCGCUGGAACAACGACAAAGACAACAUGGGCCGAUGCUUGCUUUCAAAAUAAUCUCCCUUAAUUCCCACCAACGCGUCAUGUGUGUCUUGGACCCUGCGACGGCAGUAGCGCUGGCAGGACUGCUGACUAGGCUAGUGUCACCACUUAAAGUGUCGGAAUGCUGCGGGGAGAAUUCCAGCGGCUGGAGCAGCGGCGAGGCACGGGUACAGCCCGGUGG